AUGAGCGCCUCGGCGGCCCCCGUCAGGCUGAUGCCCGGCGGGCACCCGGAGCAGGCGGCCGCCUGCGCCCCAGCCGCGGGCUNNGCUGCCGCCCCGCGUCCCGCGGCCGCCCCCACGGGCACCCCGCUGGUGCGGGGGGCCGCUCCCGGCGUCCCGCGGCCGGUGGCGCCCAAGGGGCCACCCGCGGCCACCCUCCAGUUGCCGGCCAACUUGCAGCUGCCCCCAGGAACUGUUCUUAUCAGAAGUAGUAAUGGCCACCUGAUGCUGGUAUCUCAACAGUCAAUAGCACAGAACCAGAACCAGACACAAAAUAACACAAGUGUGAGACCAUCUGUGCCAACCAGCACACCUGCAAUCAGAAUAUGUGCUGUUCAGAAUUCUGGCACGCAGUUAGUAAAGAAAAUAGCAGCUGCUCCUGUGAAAACAUUAUCUCAAACAACAAAUGCUGUGGUUUCUACUGUUCAGACGCCUGCUGUAAUACAGCCAGCAGCUGCAACAGCUAGUGUUACUACAGUUACUGCUGUAAAGCCUUUGAGUACUGGAACACCUGUAAAACUUCCAGUUACAGGACCACCUGCACAAGCUAUCUCCCAAAAGGCAGUCUCUGUGAAAGCAGAGGGCACAACAGUAGCACAGACCAGCGCUUCUACAGAGAUGCUAGAGAAUGUGAAGAAAUGCAAGAAUUUUCUUGCUACACUAGUAAAAUUGGCGUCAAGUGGACCUCAAGCCCCUGAGAUGGGGCAGAAUGUGAAGAAUCUGGUGCAAAACCUACUGGAAGCAAAAAUUGAACCAGAAGAAUUUACAAAAAAGUUGUACAUGGAGCUUAAGUCAUCUCCACAACCAUAUUUAGUUCCUUUUCUCAAGAAAAGCAUGCUUGCCUUACGGCAACUAAUGCCUAAUCCUCAGAGCUUUAUCCAGCAGUGUAUGGAGCAGCCAGCUCCAACCCAAGAAGAGGUUUCCACUUGUCCCUCUGCAGUACCAGCUCCUUCGACAGGAGUGGCGACCUCGGCUGUAGCAACAACUGCUCCUCCAGCUGUAAAACCCACGCCUGCCUCUGCAGCGGUCACGGCCCCUGUGGUUAUCACCCCAGUCCUUGCCAGCACUUCGGCAGCAGCUCCUCUGCAGGCUGUGAGGGCCAUUCCUUCCCGUGCCACGGGGACAGCAGCGCUGGGGCCCGCGGCUUCCGUCCUCGCCACAGCCGCGGCAUCGUCCGGGCUGGCUGCCGUCCAAGCCGGCAAGCCGGUCUUCACCUCCGCGGCGCCAGCGGCCUCUCCACAGUCUGCAAAGCCAGUGCUGGUCUCUGCAGUGGCGUCUUCUGCAACAACCCCUCUCCAGCCUCUGAAACCAGUCACUGGAACGCCAAUUGGUAUUAAAAUCUCGCAGCCCAGCUCCAUCGUGGCGCGGUCAGCGGGUGCUCAGCAGGUGGUUAAAGUGAAGCAGCUGGUAGUCCAGCAACCGUCAGGAGCCAUUGUCAAGCAAGUAUCCACGCUCCCACAGCCCUCAGUGCUCACCCUGCAGACACCUGCUGAGAAGAAGAUGCCGCUGAAUACACUUGUUCAAACCAACCAGUUUCCUGCAGGUUCCAUUCUGAAGCAAAUUACCUUGCCAAGAAAUAAAAUUCUGUCGCUUCAAGCAUCUCCUGUUCAAAAAGUGAAAAUGAAAGAGAAUGGAGCAACACCCUUCAGAGAUGAAGAUGACCUAAAUGAUGUGACUUCUAUGGCUGGGGUUAAUCUCAGCGAGGAGAAUGCCUGCAUUUUGGCAGCAAACUCUGAGCUCAUUGGCACGGUGAUUCACUCUUGCGCAGAUGAACCAUUUCUGUCUUUGGAAGCUCUUCAGAGUAAGAUCUUGAACAUAGGUAAAAGGCAUGACAUUAUGGAACUUAACUCUGAUGUUGUGAACUUGAUCUCCCACGCUACACAGAAGAGAUUACGAGGGCUCCUGGAAAAACUAACUGUAAUUGCUCAGCACAGAGUAUCAACCCACAAGGGGAGUGAUAAGUACAUCGUAUGUAGUGACACCAGAGCUCAACUGAGAUUUCUUGAGAAGCUCGAUCACCUAGAAAAGCAGAGAAAAGAUGAAGAGGAACGUGAAAUGUUGCUUCGAGCAGCCAAGAGCCGUUCCAAUAAAGAAGAUCCAGAGCAACUGCGGUUAAAGCAGAAAGCGAAAGAGAUGCAACAGCUGGAAUUAGCACAGAUGCAACAAAGAGAAGCCAACCUCACAGCUUUGGCAGCCAUUGGACCAAGGAAGAAAAGACCGUUGGAUUCACUGAACAUUGGAUCUGGGCUCGAGGGUUUGAAUGGCAAUGGAAUUGCUGGAUCAUCAGGUUUUAGCCUUACGAAGCAGAUCCUCUGUCCAAGAGUAACCCGUGUCUGUCUCAGGGACUUGAUAUUCUGCAUGGAACAAGAGAGGGAGAUGAAGCAUUCUCUACGCUUGUACCGUGCCCUUCUGAAGUGA